AUGAGCAAACAAACGAGCAGAAAAGGAAAGAAGGCGUGGAGAAAGAACAUUGAUCUGGAGGAUCUGAACGCCGGUCUAGACAGCGCUCGAGAAAACGAGCGGCAGUUUGGCUCCAAGAACCUGGAGCAGGCUGGUGAUGCUCUCUUCACUGUGGACACAGCUGGAACGUCUGGCGAUGUCGAGACUUACCAUAGCAAAAAGAAGGAGAAGCGUCUCAAGUCGGACGAGAUUCUUGCCCGGCGAUCUGCUGUCCCCGGCGUGAUUGGCAAAAAGACCAAGAAGGAGAAGAAGAUGAGCAAGGAGCAGCUGGAUAUGCUGUUGAAGAAGGCUGGACGACGAGAUGUGGACAACAAGAUGACCGAGGCUGCUCUGCAAGCCGACUCUGUCCUGGAGACUCCUGUUUACGACGCAUGGGACGAGGCCCCCGCUCCUGUGGUUCCCAAGAAGAAGACCAUUACUGCAUCCAAGGUGGUCAAGCCCCGAUCCGAGUUCCAGGGUUUCCCUCAGAGUAUGACCAAGGUCAAGAAUGCUGGAUCUCGGGUUGCAUACAUGCCCAAGUCUGCUAAGCCUGAGAACAUCAUGCGGGCUACUUUUGCUAACGGUGAUCACAGAGAGGCCACUUCUCGAACCCGAAGCACUGUGCGACCUUCCACUCUGGACCACAAGCCUCUUGUCUUUGGAGCCACUGACAAGGCUAUUGAGGUUCCCCACGAGGGUCGAUCUUACAAUCCCUCUCUGGAGGCCUGGCAGGCUCUUCUCAAGGAGGAGCUGGCCAAGGAAGAGGCAUUGGAGGAGGAACGACUGCAGCUGGAGGCCGACCAAGCCCGUGUCCAGCAUCUCAUGGACACCAUGGAGGACCACGAGGACAAGCAGAUGGAUUACUCGUCCGAGGAGGAAGAGGAGGAGGCCUCUGAUGAGGAACUCGAGGGCGGUAGCGUCGGUCUGUCUAUCAACGCGCCUGCCAAGGAGAAGCGAAAGAGCAUGGCUAAGCGACGACAGAUGCGAGAACACAAGGAAAAGGAACGAAUUCGAAAACAAAUGAAGAUGGAGAUGAAGAAGAUUCAUGAGAAGAUGCAACAGCUCGCCAAGCGGUCCGAGAAGUCCGAGCAGGAGAAGCAGGAUCUCAAGGAUCUCAUUGCAGGAGGCGAGGCUGCCGAGAAGGUGCGAACCCGUCGGUACGGCAAAUACGAAAUUCUGGAGCCCACUCUCGAUGUCAAGCUCUCAGGCGAGCUCACAGACUCUCUUCGACGACUCAAGCCCGAGGGAUCGUUGAUGCGAGACCGGUUCCGAUCGCUGCAGCAGCGAGGAAAGAUCGAGGCUCGAAAGCGACACAACCUCAAGCCCCGAUACAAGAAGAAGGUGACCGAGAAGUGGUCUUUCAAGGACUUCAAAUAG